CCGCCUGUUGAUCAAAGACCAUCCUCCAUUCUUCCUCCUCCUUCUCCUCCUCCUCUCGUUACUUUCGUCACUUCACAAAAAAGCCAGUGUGGAUAUCUGCAGAGCGCGGCAACGUGUUUUUAGACAGACCCCCACCACAACCACCACUCCUCCCCCUUUUUUACAUUUUUUUUCUCUUCUUCCGCAGGAUUUGGGGGACCCGUGUCGAGGACUUUUCCUAAUUUGGACUUGUGUUACAUGGAGUAUCUUUUUUGCCGAAAGUGCUGCUUGUCGUCACGGUGCAAGGUUUGGAGCCACAACAUUACAACACGAUGAGUAACCAAACCCUCACUGAGGUGUUUUGAUGCCUUUAGUUGAUGGGACCGUGACGUUCUCCGGACUGUCAAAGUCAUCAGAUAUGUCAGGGUUUCUUGAGAAACCCGUCCUGCAGUACGGCGGGCCCUACUUCUCCAACGACCCCCGAGGAAAGGAUGAGGCAGAGUUUACGCCAUCUUGCAUUAACUCAAACUCCUUACUGCUGGAUGCUACAAGUCCUAUUAGUCAACUGUCUGGCACACAAGGACAAAGCCUCAUCAUUCGCAGACAAGACAGCAGUUCUUCAGAUGACGGCCAUUCUUCCUCAAAGAAUCACACGCAGUUCACACUGGGCUUUACGGCGUACUCUAAUAAAAGUAUAGGAAACAGCAGUCCAACAGCAGCGGCAUCAGCGACUGUUAGAAAAACUAAAACACGAGGCGAGAAUGCGUCUCCGCUAUCUGACAGCCCUGUUUACCUGGCUAUUCCUAAAGCUGUGUAUGGACAUAACCCCUGCUGCCAUGACCUGGGUUGCAUGGUGGGACAUAGGUACAGUUUGGAGCAUAGAUCCCAACAAAUGCCAGCACAUGCUGAUUUUAAGCACGCUUGGACGCAAGCUCAAGUUCACCACAGCAAAAGAUCACCCAUCCAGCAGAGGGCAGAAGACACCCCAAGAGGUUUACAAUUGGAUCCCGGUGAUGAACAAAUCCAGAUUGCAGCGAACUCAAGCCGAGGAAGGAUUUUGCCAGCUAGGAUUGAGCCGAACUACAGUGCCUACACCUGUAUGCCUCCCCACUCCAUGUUUGCAUCUUUAAGUGAGCAGAGCCGACAUUUACAGCCAUCUCCCAGAGGCUAUGCAGGCAUCCUCCCCUCCCAUGCAACAUAUGAGCAUAUGACCUCAGAGCUUUAUAAAGAAUGUUCUCCCAUGACCAAAUAUGGCCAUCUAACAAAACAGCCACUGUGUUAUUCUUCGCAGGCCAACGUGGAGGUAGAAAACAGAACACAUCAUGAGGAUACUGAUGUGAUGCAAAGAGAGGACACCACCCCUAUUCGAAAACACACAACCCCAAACCAGAGGGACCAUUAUACAUUCCCUGUGAUGCUUCACGGGGACAUUCCUUUGUUUUUACAUAGCACUGAAACACUACCACAUCACUCCUUUGUUCAAGGCUUUCACUAUCCAUGUUACGCUCUUUCUGGGUUUCAUUUAAGUCCAAACAGUAACCUAAAAACGCAGAAUGCGCCACCUGGGCUGCAUUCAAAUAGCGUUCCCUCCUCAGCCCACUGUUUAGACCACCCAAUGUCCUCUGCAGCCAGCAACAGCAGCCAGCAUGUUGGACCAUCGCACACGCACCAUUCCUUCCUGAGAAUGGACCAAAUCAGUCCAACACGAUUCCCACUCGUGUCACCUUCCCACAUUCAAAUGAGAAGAUUCUUUCCCUCUUUUGCCAGCCGGCAUUUAGAUCAACCUGCACACUUACCUUGUGGUUUAGCAAUAGACAGGGUCCUAGACUAUUCAUCUUGUGAAGGCCCGGUCACAUGCCCAAAACAGCACAGUGACCUCCCAGUUUCCCCAGUGAUGUGGCAUCCUCCGUACCCCAGUCAGAGGCCAGAUUGCGAUCGUGCAGCAUUAGCUAAUAGUUCUAAUCUUUGUACAGUCAUUGCACCAGGAAAUAAACACAGUGAUCCAUCCACCUCUGUUCUUAAAGGUAUCCUGAAGAGAAGCAACCCUGACACACUUCCACUCCUCAAAAUAAAAGAGGAAGCGUUGGAUUUAUAUGAAACAGACUUGUUUAAAAAGCGACAAAAGCUAGAAAUGGAGGACGUACCAAAUAAAUCGGACUCUCCUGAAAUGCCAGUUAUUGACAGUGUGUUUAGCCUGGCACCUUACCAAACAUACAUGCUGGCAUCUGGAGUGCUACCUCCAGACGAGGAACUUCAGAGAACCACGCUGUCGCCUAAAAACUGUGAAAUCAAACGCACAACGUGCAUUAAAGAAAUAAAAUCUCAUCCAGAAGUACCCCCCACUCAUGUCUGUCCAGGUACGCCAGUUGUAGAUGUGUUUGAAGCCACAAAUAUCAAAGUGGAGAAAACGAAUCCACCAGACACAUGUGACUCAAGUGUAGGUUCUCUCAGUCAGGCCUUAAAGGAUCACAUCAAAACAGAACCUGAGGACCCAGCUUUCUCAGAAAUCAGCUCCUUGCUGGUCAUUAAGAAAUGUGAACCUGUGGAACUUGAAACUAAACCAUCAUCUGUACAAGAAACUGAUCCUAAACCUCCAAGCUCACUUAGUCUGAGUUAUGAAAGGACACCACAUGAGGAGCAGGUGGUCAGCAGCACUGAGCCUCAACCUCAAAGUGCACCUCAAUUGCCGGAAGCCGAAUUUGAUAAUAGAACUAUUCCACCUGACUGCCUCAAAAUUUCAUCCCACAAAAUCAGUCUUCAUGAUUUGAAGUUCCCUGGUUCAGCACCACCUCAAGAAACGGUGGAAGUCAGGGCUGAAUUAGCACCAAAAAAACAAAAUGUGCAAGUACCAGUUCGUAAGCACUUCCUAGUGCUGCACCGCUCCCUCUGCAAGGUGGUGUCCAAAUGUGUGUCUGCCACCUCGGAGCAGAAGCUCAGAACCUGGCUGGCUCAGCAGGAGCUGCCAGAACUCUCCACCAAAAUCCAGAAAAUCUCCAGCUUGUUGGGAAUUAAAGCAAGACAUAAAUGGUUCAAUGAGGAGAUCAACUCCGCUCUCCAGGAAGUGCUGGAUAGGUUGAAGGAGUACAUCAUGCAGGGUCGCUGUCCUUUCCCACAUGUCAUGCGGACGGGGGCUGUGUUCCUCCCCAUGCUGGUGGUCAAAGAACUGCUUUUCCCUGUAGUCCCUGGCACCUUCAUCGACCAAGUCCUUCAAGAACACAGAGUGGAACUGCGGCCCACCACGCUCUCUGAGGAGAAGAUCCUCAUCCAGUUGCAUAAACGAAACUGCUCGUCUCGACUCAGAAAGUUGAUGUCACUCAAACAUCUGCCCAGCGUCUACACGGACGUGCUCAACCUUUUCUAUUACUCCAAUGUCUGCAAACACCUAGGAGUAGGCCCAGGAGAACGCUUGGAGGUGUGUGAAGCCCCCAACAGCAGCAGCUCUAAACCAACCUCACCUACAGUCACACCAAGACGGCCGAAAGGCGACAAAGAUAAACGCCGCAAGAGCACCGCUAAAAAGACAAAAAGCAGGGUGAAGAGCAGCUCGCGGCGUAUGUUUCUGGACAAUAGCUGCUCUAACGAUGAAGAUGACACCUCAUCAAAGAGCAAAGAACUGAACAAGAAAAACCACAAUGGGGAGCGUUCGCCCACAAGCUCAGAGAAUGUGUGGACACGCCCUUUAACCUCAGACAACGAAUUAGAGGAUGCUUCUGUUAAAGCCACAUUUCAGCCUGCAUCCCACAAGGGUUCAGGGGUGGUUCUGAAGCUGAGGAGGAUGCUCAGUCACGGGCCGAAGAGGAAAAAGGCUCGCUAUCAAGCUGUCUCGCAGGAGGAGGAGAACACAGAGCUGCCCCUCAAGUUGCAGAGAACAGGAAGUUUGGACACCUUACGCCUUCUCAGCUGCCCCAAGAAAGGAAAGAAAACAUCCCUCUUAAAGAUCAAAUACUGUCCCUACUUGUCCGCCUGUCACAGCACUGAACACCGGAGGCAAUGGGUCCUGCGCUCUGCCGUGCGGCACGCUCAGGGGGCCAUGAAGUUCUCCUACCCAGAACUGGUGGGGAAGAGAAUACGCCACCUGUAUGAGGAGGAUGACGGGGCAGAGGUGUGGUACCGAGGGGAGGUGGUGUGCGUGCAUGAGGCCCACAGCAACCCCCUGAAGACAGUUUUUGAGGUGCGUUAUGACAGCGAGCCUGGGUGGAAGUACUACCUGGAGCUGCAGAUGGACUAUAGGAAAGGAUGGAUCAAGAUAGAAGAGGACACAUAGCCAUCAUGCAGCUGUUGUCAGUAGCCAGCAGCACACCCAGCAUGCACUCAUUAGGUACACCAGUGGUCAAGCUUUUUACAUCAAGUACCACCAUUUUUGCUUCCUCCACUUGCCUUCAUGAUUUACCUUUUGAAGUGUGCAGGUAAAUGGUGUAGUUUAUCUAGCAAAGGACAUUUUAAUUUGAAUUAACUUUCAGUCUGAAUUAAAUGUCGGUACAGCACUUACAUUUUUUUGUAAAGUUAUUUCAUACAUAUUUAAUGUAUAUUCCCAUAUAUAUUUUUACAUCACUGGUACAUACCAGUGGUACUCAUACCACAGUUUGAGUUAUACAAUAAUGAUAAAAAUCUAAGCCCCUGUAUACUCCGCUGCAAACUGCAACCACAAUUUAGAAGAGUGUCUUGGUGUGUACCAAAAAUGCAAAAUGUCUGUUGUGGUUAAAAGUCUGAUCUGACAACAGUUUUACAUCAUAACUUGUUUUAAAUAAAAGAAAUACAUGCAUAACAGCACGGGUAUGUAUGUAAGCAAGUAGAGGCUGUGGAUGUUUUGUUGGCUUUUUAGCCAUGUAGGGGAAGAUGUGGUAAUGUGAGACACUUUUUUUACGUUUACAUUUCCUCCUCCCCAGGUAAGCUAAAAUGAUAUAACAAUACAAUUUGCACAUGUAUUAAGUUCAGUGUGUUUUCUAGAAACGUAACUCAUCAGAAUGUGUUUAGGAUAAAGGGUAGUGGAAAUAUGAUUGUUUAAAAAAAAAAAAAAGACCUGGUGAAGUGAGAUGGACCAGAAAAAUAUUUUUUUUUCCCCCUUAAAAACUACCAUAACCACACAUGUAGCAGUAAGACUCCUGACGGCUAACUUGACAGCUAAACAUUCUAGAACUAAUGUCAACCUAGCAACAGAUGGGAUUGGUCAAUAAAGCACAUUUUUUUUCUCAGCACUUGAAAUCAUGGAAACUAAAUCAGAAUCAUCUUUUAACGUUUAGAAAUUGUAAUGUUGGAAAAUUGCCAAUGUGUUGGCUACAAUAGAAGGGCAGUGAACAUUCAAAUGACAAAGUUAGAUUAGAACAGUCUUGGGCUCAGAACACAUGACCCAGCUUGGGUAGAAUACAGGGCCCUCACAGCCAGCUAGAACAGUCUGACUGGCAAUAUUACCGUAGUUAACCCAGUCACGUGAUCUCUUGCAUACCGUAGCCUACCUGCACAUUGUUUCGUUGUCCAACUGUCAGGGACGGAUGUCUGCAUAUUCACGUGCCAGUUGGCGACACGAGUGGAUUUAUACCAUGAAACUGGUCAGCUAGUUGUUUCAGUGUAUCAAUAUUGAUGUCCCUUGAGGACUUCUUUCCUGCCUUCACCUUAACGGCUGCCUUCUCCAUCUCCUCAAGGGAUGCUUUGCCCCAGGGUGUCUUUGUUGUAUUUUCUUGACAUGAUGGCUUCUGUACAAUGGUCAUAACAGAGAAAAAUCAACAAAUGUCGAGUAACAUUACCUUAAAAUUAAUAAGUUCUGUGAGACACACCUCACUUCACCAAACAGCCCCCCUUUCUAGCAUUUCAGGCUAAUCUUCAAAUAGCAUUAAACAGUUUUCUACAAUGGUCAUAUUACCCGAUGUCUCCUCUACCCUCUCUGCACUUAAAAAAAAACAAGCCUUUUAAAAUCUUCAUUAACUUCAAAUAUGGAACGUGAUUAAUAGGUGAAGUUUAUAGUAAGUAAUAAUGAUUGAAACAUGUACAUUUUGCAUGGUCAAAUAUAUCUUGUUUCACUCGGACUUUGGGAUCCUUACGGGUGAGUUGAACUUGAGCUUCACUUUUGUCCACUUGCAAUCGCUAUGAUUUAAGCGUAUUAGAUGAAUGAAUUGAAUGGGAACGUUUAACAUGAUAAAGCAGUAUCCAAAGUACAAAAAUACAACCAGUGAUAAAGCCCCACUUUUAUCCUGACAGGUUUUUACAGUGGGGGGCAUUGUGGACCCCAUGACAAUUGGCGUAGCCCACUUUGGGAACCUAUGGUUUAUGUGAUAGCUCUGUGUGCUCGACAUGUGCCUAAGAUCAUUGUUUUAUAAAAAGGCAUUUGUGUCAUU